AUGAUGUUCAAUAAAGUGUGUUAUGUGCUAUUCUUCGUAAUAUUGGCUGAAGGCGGAAAAAGCAUUUCGCGCCAAAAUGUAGCAAGGAAAGAAAAUAGAGCUGGGAAACGUCCCGAUAAAAUCGAAGUGUUUGACAACUUGUUUAAUGUGUACGACCCAACGUUUUUGGCAGUUGUUUGGCCCAAAAUUACGAAUGGAAUGCACAUCUUAAUUGACCCCAACUGCUGGGAAGAGCUCGGAUAUUUCUUCAAAGACUUGACGGAAGGCAAAGCAUGGGCAUACAACGUUUUAGACGCAUCAGGGCGUUAUGGGUCAGGCCUGUUCAUGGGCAAUCGGUACUGGUUGGGAUCCAAAGAUCGAUGCCUGGACUUGGAUAAACAAUCGUUUGUAACGAACAGAAGCUCACCAUUAGUGGAAAAUGGUGAUGACGAUGUUAGUUCUAUAUCGAGAACAAAGUACUUUGAUGAUGAGAGACACGAGUGGAGAUGGAUGGUAUACCACGACGACGUGGUCCACAAUGCUGCGGACACCUGGCCGCCAUUCCGGCUCGCUUACACCGCGCUGGGCCUUUCUCUCAAUAUUACCAAGACCAACAUGAUAAAGUCCACCGAUAUAAUCUUGGGUCUAUGCAUGCCCUACUCGUGUACCCCGCGCGACAUCGCGUCAGUCAUCAACUUUUCCAUCAUGGUCAACGACAACUUGAAAGCGAACAAGACAUCUUCACGUGUUGCGAGGGUCACAACAGUGAGGCGCGUUGUAGGACACUACGAUAUUACGUCGGAGAGCUACGGAGUCCUACUCCUCUGCAUUACAACAAUUCUCGUGGCCUUGGCCAUUACCGCUACAGUAGUAGACUUAGAUUUGAUGAAAUGUCUACCGUACGGCUCGAAAUCUAUGACAUUCGAUCUAGAAAAAUACAAUACAGAUCCUAGUAGAAAGCUAAAGCUAGGUAGAGAUAAUGCAAGUGCGAAACAUGAACAUGAACCAAAGACGGAGACGGAGAUGUUAGGAGUGGAGAACACGAACACGCAUUACAUGGCGGUGGAGAGUCUCGUGAAGUGCAGCGCUCCCACGAUUACGCUGGACGUGAAUUGUGCGGAGAAGAUAGUCGGCAGCUGCAAGAGAUGUGGCAAGUAUAGGAAACAGUGCAGCAACCCGCGCCAGCUCGACAACCUGCCGCCCUGCCCGCGGCUGCAGUACAACUCCUUCGCGAGUUUGAGCACGGAGAGCAAGAAGAAGAACAUCUUCUGCAGGCUGCUCCUGUGCUUCUCUCUGGCGUAUUGCUGGAAGAGGAUAUUCAACACGAACAUGGCGAACAAAGACUUGUCGUUGAUACACGUGAUGAGAGUGUUGGCGACGUUUUGGAUAAUGUUUAUACACGUUGCAGUUAUUGUCGGGUAUAUUUCAGAUUCUGCUGCGGACAUUAAUGACCAAAGUGGAGUGUACCUUAUAAUCGCAACUGGAACAAUAGCCUUUGACACGCUAUUUUUCGUAAGCGGUCUCUUCAGCGCCCACCAUUUCUUUUUCUUGAAGAGUCAGUACAGCGUCAAGGAGUUGGUUGGGUUCCAGGGUGUCUGCGGGGAGGUGCUACAGUUCAUUUGCUUUGUCACAAACAGAAUUAUCAGGUUACUACCACCUUAUGCAUACGCAGUGUUGUUAUCCGCGGUGAUGGCGCAGUCAGUCCACCAGACAGCGACGCUGGCCCUGCCUGAUGGGGACGAGGUCAACUGUCGUGACCAUGGCUGGAGGAACCUCCUUUAUGUUACUACUAUUUACCCGAAAAACGAACAGUGCAUGCAAAUCUCAUGGUACCUAUCAACGGAGACACAGCUUCAUAUGGUGGGUGCUCUACUUUGUGCGAUGAGUGCGACAUCUACCCUGCGCGGGCGUUUCGCCGCUUUCCUCGCUUUGAUUGCCAUGGUGUCCGCCACUGUCGCUGAUGCCAGUUCUGCAUACUUUGACUUUCAACAAUUUUUUGCGAAUUCGUUUGGCGCAUACUCCGUUAUUAUUGAACGACCGUGGGCCCGUAUAGCUCCUUACUUCAUGGGCGUAUUCACUGGAUGGUUGAUUAACGUCGUGCAAGGAAAACUAAAAGUUUCUAAGGUGACGUCUUCGCUCUUAUGGAUGGCAUCAAUAUCGUUCAUGUUUACCUCGUCUGCUGUGCCGAUGGUGGGGCUGCCCUGGCUAGCCUCCUGGCUGCAUCUGACCUGGCCAAUCUCACUGUUGUGGCCGUAUUGA